AUGGAAUCUAUAAUUUUGGGAAUCAAACAAGGAGAUCUUAAAUAUUUUGAUGACUCAAUUGAUUUAUAAUCAUUGAUCCCUUAUAAAAUUCAUACUGUGAAGAUCUUUUUUACAAACUAAGGGAUUUUGGGGAUUCAAAAUUACUACUAUUCAUUUAGCUCUCAAUCAGUCAUAAAAUGCAAAGAACACAGAUCAUCAAAAAUUUUUGGAGUAAAUGAAUAAAGGUUAGUUUUGGAUAAUAGUGAAUACAUCAUUUCAUUGACAUGGUAUUAAAAUGAGAUUGGCAUAAAUCGAGUAGAAAUAUAGACAAAUAAGCAAUAAAUUCAAUUAGGAUAAAAGGAUGGCGAGAAGAAGGAAUUUAAAGUGGAAUAAAACUACCAAUUAGGGGCGAUAGCUGGAGGAUACAAAUAAUAAUUAUAAUUUUUGGAGUGGCAAAUAAUUCCUUUGGUUGAACAAUAAACACAAUACUAAUCAUAGUUAUACCAAUUAUAUUUGUCCUAAAACGAAGGUAAUUAAAAAAACAGUAAGUUUGAAUAUAUUGGUAAGUAAUAUAGAGUUUGUGAUCCAUAAAUUAUAUAAUAAGGACUAACAAAUAAAUUUGUUUAAUUUCGUAUAGUAGAUAACACUGAGUAGGAAGUGAUAAGGAGAUUUUAAGAUGUAUUUUAAUUACGAUAAAUAUUGCAAUUGAGAUGGCCUGGAGUUUAUAUCCCGCCUUUGAUGAAUAAAUCAACAUUCGAGGAUUAUUCAAAUGAACACAUAGAGAAUGUUAGGAAGGCCAUUGAAUACUUUUUGAUGAAAUUAUCCAAGAUAACUUAUUUUGCAUAAUCGGUGGAAUUCAAUGUUUUUAUAACCAAAACAAAUAAGGAUAGCAAUUAAGAAAUGGAGUAUGUGCAAAAUAAAUUGAAGGAGAUGACCCAACAAAUUAGCCUUGAAUAAAUUGAUUUAAGAUAUAAAUAGAAUUUUGAAGAAUUUGAAACAAAAGAAUCAGUUAACGAAUAAUAAAGAUAAAAAUGUAAUGACUUUUCGCUUCUGAUGUCUAAAUUAGAAUAAAUAAAAGUAAACGAUUUUUCAGAUAUCAAAAAAUUAUUUGAAUAUCAUUCUAAGAAUGUCAAUUAUCUUUCGAAAUAUAUCCUUCCAGAGUUGCAUUUGAUUCAUCUUAAUUUGUAGUCAGAAGAAGUCAUUUAAAGAAGGAAAUCAAAUUCCAUAGAUAGAGGUUUAUAAAUGUAAAUUGAUACAAUGAAUGAUGUUUACGAUUAUUUCGUAACAGAAUAGAGAGAAGCUAAUGCUAUGUCUUAAUGCAUGAAUUAUAUCAAAGAUCUUGAAUAGUAGAAGAAUAAAUUAGAAUAGAAGAUUAUGAGUUAAAAACUUAAAUAGGAGGAAUUAACUAUUGCAAAAACUCAAUUUUCGCUUAUUUAAUCUAUUUGGAGUAUUCUAGUAAAGUCAUAUGCAAAUUAUUACAUUGAUAAUUAUUUCAAAGAAAGAUAUCAAUUGUAUCUACUGAUGAUAAACAGAUUGGCCUAGAUAUAAUUAAAUAAUUUGAAAUUAAGAUAAAACUUUUGGCAGUCCAUUUGA